ACUUUUUGCACUGUAUAAUACACUGUCGAGGUUGCAAAGCCACAGAAAGAGCUUGGAAUUACUGUGCCCCGCUGUCCAAAAAUGCCCCGCCAGCAUCACGACUGGACGAGCGAACGAACACACGACAGGUCAUCGCAUUCAAUACCACAUUUAACUCGACGACAACAACGAGGGAGAGCAAAGGAAACGAACAAGCUAUAGCAGAUUUAUUCUCCGGGCUCGUCCCAUUCCAUCUCCAUCUAACGGUGUUGCUAUCGACGUGACCCCUUACGGAUAUGCCUUCGUCUUGAUAGCAUCGCCAUCAUGCCUCAAGAUCCUGCUGCCGCCCUCAGCGCCUUGUUGCGCCAAUCCUCUAUCGAAGAUCACGACGAGGCCCUCAAGAUUGCCAACGCCGCCCUCAAGGCUAACAAGAACGAUGUCGACAGCCAGCAUACCCGUAUCAUCGCCUUGCUGAAGCUCGAUCGAUUCGACGAUGCUUUGCGCGCCAUUGCUGAUGGCUCCCCCGCCCUCCACGCACGAAUUGCCCUCGAACAUGCCUAUGCGCUCUACAAGACGGGAAAGCUUGACGAGGCUACUUCUGUCCUUCAGGCUUUUGGUCUAGAGAAGAAGAGGAGUCUACAGCAUGUUGCCGCACAAGUCGCUUACCGUGCCGAGCGCUUUGAUGAGGCUUGCAACAUCUACAGCCGUCUACUCGAUACCGAUCCCGCAGAUGAGGAGAACGAUAUCAGCAUCAACCUUCGGGCCGCUUUCGCCCAGUCUAGUUGGCUGGGAUACUCGGUUACUGACAAGAUUUCUGUCCAAGACUCUGAUGGAUUUGAACUGUGUUAUAACGCUGCAUGUGCGCAUAUUGCCAACGGCUCCCUUGAGACUGCAGCCGAUCUAUUGCAGCGUGCAAGUCGAUUGUGUGAUGCCUCCGAUGACUUGACAGACGAGGACAAGCAGGCGGAAAUGCGGCCGAUUCUUGCACAGCAGGCCUACGUCUUUGCCAAGUUGGGCAAGCUCAAGGAGGCCCUCGAUCUCUAUAACUCUCUAUCAAGCACAAAAGAGGAAGAUCCCGAUCUGGCACUAAUAAUUGGCAACAACCUGGUCACUUUAGAGCCAAAGGACGAGAACCCCUAUCUUCUCGAGCGAAGAUUCUCGACCUUGACAGCCAAGGCAAGAAAUGCCAAGCUUUUCCAGCACCAGUCUGAUAUCUUGCGACGCAACCGACUGACCGUCGACUUGCAAAUCCUCAAGGGCGCCGGAGUCAAGCGCCGCACCGAUGCCCUUCUCGCCGAAGCAACACAUCCCUCGACAGCUGCUGAAACUAGCAUCCUCUCUGUUCUUAACGCUGCCGCGAGCGCACAAGGAACAUCUGGGAAGCAACUUCUGAAGAAUUUACAAGGACUUGCCCAGAAGAGACCACAUGAUGUCGGUCUUGUAUUAACCAUUGUGCAAAUACAACUCAAUGAAGGCAAAGUAGGCUCUGCAAUGUCUAUUCUGGAGUCUUUCCUACAGCGUCUCGAAAAGAACGAGACUGAUGAUUCUCAAAAUGCUCGAUUCAGCCCUGGUCUUGUUGCUCUCACUGUGACCCUUUUGAGGACGCAGGGACGGGAGUCCUCGGCAAAGGCUGAACUUGUCAAGGCCGCUACAUACUGGCAGUCCCGCCCGGCUAGCUCAGCUAUCUCACUCCUCGAAGAGGCUGGCAUCGAACUGAUGAAGUCAUCCAACGCCCAGGAUUUGCAACUCGCUGGUUCUUCAUUCCAGAAACUAAUCGAUGAGCGGAAGGGCUCGGAUAUUGCUGCGGCUGGUCUUGUCGCAUCCUUCGCUCCCUCAGACCCCUCUCGUGUGGAAAAGCACCUCCAGAACCUCCCUCCUGUGGAUUCGCUUAUCGAGGGCAUCGAUGUAACAGCUCUCCUCAGCGCUGGCGUUGCCACCACCGCCAGUAAGGCAGGCUCAUCAGCUUUGAAGCGCUCGGCUCCCUCAGGACCAUCUGAAAAGACACGCAAGCGACGCAGAAAGAUCCGUCUUCCCAAGAACUAUGUCGAGGGCACCAAGCCCGACCCUGAGCGCUGGCUGCCUUUGCGUGACAGAAGCUCAUACCGUCCCAAGGGCAAGAAGGGCAAGAAGAAGGCUGUUGAUUCAACACAGGGCGGAAUCGUGAAGGAAGAGGAGACUCUGGAGCUUGUAGGCGGAGGAGGUGUCAAGGUUGAGAAGGCACCUCCGCCUUCCAAGAAGAAGAAGAAGGGUAAGAAAUAGUAUAGCAGCUUACGGAUACUGCAUAUCGCGUAUAUUAGUCCAACAUUACUCUGUUUCAGCAUGAUAUUCUUGACCCUUCACAUGGUUUGUCCAUGUAUACGUCCUGGUUCAAUCCGUGACGUUCCUCCUGACUGUCAUUAAAGUCAAGAGAAUGAAUGAUAUAUAUAUGCACAUUCACCCAACUUCGAUUCGGCUGAAAAAAUCAAAAUUGAUUUCUAACGCUGACUUUUAAUGCUCUGCCCAAGCCUUGGUGCAAGCGAGUACAAAUGAACAAAAGGCCUCGGCCACUAUAAGAAUAUCUAGAAACAUAUGUCCUCGUCAUCGCCCCCUUGACAUGAGUCCACCAAGCUCGACAUCUCACGUCUGCUUCUUCUGUGGCCACUGAAUAACACAAGUAUAAAAACGAAGGUAUUCACAACGCCCGUCCCAGCAAGCCCCAAUUCUAUAUAAAUAAACGUUAUGCGCGAGGACUAUACUCCACACGAGAGCCCUCCAUAUCUUCCCAGUAUCAGGCAUUAACGGGCUGCACGGGCCGGCUCGGAAGCUGCUCUAUAUCUUGGAGCGACUCAGAAUCCGAGUCUCGACUUUCAAGAUCGUCCUUCUUGAUGCUUCGGCCUCUUCUUACACCGGUACCGUCUGACUCCUCGUCCGUCUCUGUCUCCAUGGGAGGCAGGGGACUGCGGCGCCCAUCUGAGAAGCUGACUGCAACCUCGCUCUCCGUGUCCGAUGGUAUUGUUAACCUACCACCAGCUGAUGUGCUUCUAGCUGCUUGGGCGGUCGAAUACUUCCUAUGCAGUUCGCGGAAGCUUCGUGCGGUUGCAGUGCUUGCGCUUGCAAUGGAUUCUCUACGCUCACUCGGCUCCACCGGCACACCAACGGCAGAGUAGAAGUCCUCAUCCUCUGGUCCGCUAGGCAUAGGCGACAGCGGAGGAUCUUGCUGCUGUGAGGACUUUCGAGCACGGAUUUUCUCAUCAUGGGUCAUGUUCUGCAGGCCAUCACCAAAGUUAAUGACUGAUGCCUUCUUGCCAUGCACCACGAAGCUCCCCGUGCCUCUAGAAAGCUGGUGCUCUUGGGUCGAUUCUUCCCCUGACCCGGCGACCUCCUUGCCCUUGCGGCUGCCACGGUGGUGCGAGAGAUGUCCAGCGCCCUCUCGAAGGGUGCGUUGCAGACUACGGCGAAUUUUGCUCCUGUCACCCUUGUCUGUGGGUGUCCCAGACUCUCCGGGUACAUCAGCACCUGUCGAAACAGUUGCCUUGUCUGUAGGGUCACGGCUGGGUCGUUGCUCAAGUAGGCCAGCCUGCUCCAGGAAGUCUCGUUCAUCGGCGUCAGGAUCAUGGUUGCCGUCGUCCUCCUUGCGCAACGGUGGCUUGUUGCUUUCACCUUGGGCCGAAGGGGGUUUUGCUAGCGGUGUGGAAGGGAGGGAUGCUAUGGGAGACUGGGCGAUACUGGAUAUCGACCCGUGUCUGGUGCUAGCAGCUUCUGGUCGAACGAAGGAGAGAUCGCGGGAACUAUGCCGGCGUUUAGUGGCACUCUGAGGAGGUGUUGUAAAGACCUGGUCCAGAGGUGAAUCGACAUCCUCUGUGACUUCGGCCGUGUUAGGGACGUGAACGACCUGAGGCUCGGUGGGUGUUCUUGGGUCGGCCUCGGUUCCAGAAUGAUGCGUUGACCGCGAUCCUCUACGUCCCACGUUGACCCGUGGCGUAGGUGAUCCUGUUCUCUGUGAAAAUCGGUUUGACUGUUGCUUGGUAGGAGUAAAGGUCGAUGAUGGGUGUUCUUCUUCGAGAUCCUGUAUCAAGAUAUCACGGUGGCAUUUGUGUUUCCACAUAUCUUGGCGUGUCCACUUGAGCUGAGCAGAUAUCCGUGCAGCAGCAGAUAAAAGCUGUUCCCUCGUUCUUGGCUGGAUGGGCGCAAGGAUCAGCAGGUGGCGUGCGUUCCUUAGCUGGUGCUCCAGCUGUUUCUGAAUCUCCUGCACAUGCUCAUCAGCUUCAGCAAUCUUCUGCUUCAUCACGUCUCUUCGAGCAGCCGAGAUAUCUUCAGCCAUUUUAUGGUCUAUUCGACUCCUAGCGAUAGACACGGGUCCGGUUGGUGUCUGGAUGAGGGUGGCAGCAUCAGCGCUAUCCAGUCGACGUAAACCUCGGCGACUCUGUCCAUCAUAGUUGCCGCCAAUGACACCACGCAUCUUAACGCCCGUAGUCCGGAAGGCGGCAGCAUAGUUAAGUUUGGCGAGCCAGUCGUUCAUUUCUUCUUCAUUAUCUGCCAAUAGCACUUCUUCUAGACCACCCUGCCGCACGUAGACGAAAGCGUUCUUGUGCUUCUUAUACGCCGCAUCAUGGAGGGCCACGGCAGCAUAAGUUGACAUGAGACCGUCUGGUUUAAACUCUUGGAGCGGGGGUGUGAAGAUCAACGGUGUUCCAUCAUGUCCCGCCUUGAUGUGGUUCUCAUACUGAUGCAUUAAAGACUUCACCCAGCCUGUAUUGCGGAAGAAGUAGAGCUGCGCCCCAGUAAGAAUGGCGCCCCAUUCCUGCCACGGAGACCUUGCCUUACGUUUCUUCGCAUCUUUCCGCCAAAGUAAUCCAACCUUGGUGACCUUGAUGUCGACGAUACCGGGAUGUGCAUCGGCCGGGUUGCUAGCUGUCUGUUCUGUCAUGAAAGCGUCAGGUCGAGACCGGGCCGACACGAUUUGCAGUACACCUGUUCUAAAAAACGUUUUCUGCAAGUCCUUCAAGUUCAGACUAGUCGCAGAGCCUAGAUAAUUGUAGUGAUCCUCCAGCUCCAUGGCGUCCUUCAAGUUUGGUCUCAGAGCAUCAAGGCUUCCGUCCAAUAUCAGGGUAUAGGGAUCGAUAGGCUCUUUGACAGCUCGUUUUGCGGGGUCGUUUACUGUAGAGGAGAUCAGAGGUUUUCGUCGAGAUUUAUGUGAAGCAUAGCGGUCGCUUGUAGGGUCUAAAUCAUCCUCAACGUGAAUAAAAGGGGUAUAAGUGAUGUUGUCAUAAAAACAUUCCAGAAUGUCGUCAAAGAUGCCUUCUCCGUUUGUGUUCUUCAAGUAAUCAGCUUUUUGCAUUUUGUGCUUGUUAUUCUUGUUGAAGACAUCGGUAUGUAGAAUGAGUAGGGAGAAUGCAAUGAAGUACGCCUGGUCAGGUGAUGAGUAAAUGCCUGGGUUACACUCGUGGUACCGGUUGGCAAACGCUUGUAAGCAACGGUCGAUCUGCUGUGUUUCCUUAGGUAGCUCAGCUUCCAUGAGCAGUUUUCGAAUAGCCAUAUCCAUAGGGUCACCAAAGAAGCUAAAACUACGCAUGUAGCUCCGAAGGACAGCAGUCAUGAAUGGAUCAGCGCUUUUUGAAAGAGUCGCAGCAAUGAUGCCUCGGCUUGCAACUUCUUCGACCCGCGCAAGAUAUUUGGCUGGUGACUCGUCUUCGUUGCGUUCUGGGAGAACAAAGGAGUCCCUGGCAAGCUGGAGUGAGUUGUUUUUAGAUCCAAUGGAACCGGGAGUUGUAGGAGUCAUCGUGCCCUGACGACUGAGUUCCGAGUUCUGUCGCAAACGACUGAGGCCAAACAAAUCGCCGAAGCUUUUACGACCAGUAGAGGACGACGUUCGUGUCGUCGGCGGUAGAAGGUGAUCGUCAUUGGAGUCACGGCCCAUCGAACUCAUAGUAGAGGACCUUCCUCGCAACAGAUCACCCCUAGUGGGCGAAGAAUGCCCCGAUUGAAUUCCCCCAGGUGCCACCAGUGUGGUCGCAGGUGAUUGGCCUGACCUUAAAUCGGAAUCUCCUUUGGUGGUGUUUCCACCAGCUGUUCGGCCGCUUUGAGCGGAAGCUGGACGUGGCGUUGAGGAAAUCCCAAGGGAUGAAGCCGAGGAGAUGCCUGGGGGUGCUUUUCCCUGCUGCUGAAGAUGCGCAAAUGGAAAGAGAGGCUCUGGUGCUUUCUUAUGCCGUCGCAAUCGAAAGAACGGGCCUGAUUUCUUGGGUGUCGUCUCUGGACUCUGGUAGGACGAACUCUGGUGAGACAAGCGAUCGUUGGAGCUAGCAUCAGACCUGGAUGACUCGGAAGGGCGGUUUGGAGGUGUUAAGAUUGUACCGUUAGGACUACUUGUUGUAGCUGUUGUCGAUGGUCGUGGAGGUUCAGGUUCCUCCAGUGUAGCGAGCGUGGGGCGUCGUCUGUCAUCAGUGAAGGAUUUCCGAAGUGUCUUCUGGCGACCCGUUCCAUUGUUAGUGUUGAUGUCCUCACGGGGUAAAUCCGUCGAGCGACGGAACCUGGCAGUCAGGCCUAUCCGUGACGAUUUCUUUUUCGGCCCAUUGAAGUCGUUUGUUGGAGCGGUGGUAAUGAUUUCGGGUGCUAAGUCGAACAUAGGUUAGCUAAGCAUGUCCCAGCUGCGAAGUAUGGUAGAUAGGGGUGUGUUACGUCGCGGAACGGGCGGCGGCUUCUCGGAUUGUUGCUUGGCUCGCAGAGAUAGUUGAGAAUCACUCGCGUUUCGGAAACGCAAGACGGAGAAGCGAUGAUGUUUGCUGUUUUCUUCUUGUAUAGGAGGGGUGUCUGGGCGACUUCCUGGGCGACUCUCGGUUUGGCUCUCGGGGAGACCUUCAGGACGGCUGGUUGUUGAUUCGCGAGCUAACUCGCGAGGUUGCUGCGGGUGGGAAGACUCUCCAGGUCCUUGUCCCUCGUCAUCGUUGUGGUCGGGCUGAGAAGGAACUGGAGGAGGAAGAUCGCCGGAUGCGCUGGGUUCGAAGAGUGUAUGUCGGCGUUUUUCAGUGUCAUCAGACAAGUUGCCUCGGCGGCGACGAAAAGCCAUAACGGCGACUGAUCAUGAUACGUAGCCAGCCCAGGCGUUGUCAAGACCAGGCGACGUCGAUGAGAGAGCGUGCCAGUUGAGGGCGGCAGGCGUCUCACGACCUACCAAGCGAAAGGCUGGUACCCAGUCGCGGUGGUGUUCAUUGAGACAACUCCAGGUGUCUAAAUCGAUGAUAAGAAUUCAGCAAGAGUGAAUGUCGCGUGGAAGGGUCGGAUUGUGAGCGUUGUCGAUGCAGUAUAGUUACUUAGGUUAG